CAUAAAAUUAAAACCAACUUGAAAAAUUUCCGAACUUCAUAAUGUCAUAUUCGACAUGGAAAUCGACUUUGGGUUUGAUGUUAAAAUUGCCUCGCACUUUCAAAUGGAAAUUUCCAAAACAGUUUAACCAUGCUGUGUUUAAUACAACGUUCACCCAACAACGUUUCAAGGAUGCGUUUGAGAAGUUAUACAAGAGUGGGACACAACAGAGAAAAGGCACAUACAAAUUCCUUGGAACUGUGACAUUUACUCGAGCAUUUUUGGGAUUUUUUGGGACUGAUGAUUCAAAGGAUCCAGUGAAAGAGCACAUACGAAUGGGACACAUUGCAGUUGCACGAGAAGAUUUUAAGGAGGCGGAGAAUUGCUACCACCUUGCCCUUCAUGCUGGACAACAACAGUUUAACGAGAAGAAGAUUGACAAGCGGCAGCUAAUCACAAUCAGAAUAUAUGUGUUUGAUUCCUUAGGAAAUCUCGCCCUGAAGAUGGGUGAUCUAAAAAAAGCUGAGGAACUUUACAAAAGGACAUUAAAGGUAGCAGUCCAGAAUGAAUUUUUUACACUAACAGAUAAUGCAACGGUUGAGAUAAGUAUGCGCUUAGCAGCCAUUUAUGCCAUGAUGGGAAAAGAAGAAGAAACCCACUCUGGCUUCCAGUUCUGCAUCAAGACCCAAGAGGACAAAAUAAAAGAGAAUCCAGAUGAGAGUUCCUAUACUUACGGUCUGCUGGGGAUGUGCUUGGAAAACUACGCCAAAUUCCUCGUGAAUGCAAAGCAGUAUGACAAAGCCUUGGAGUACCUGCAGCGCGCGGAGGAGGUGGUGGUGAGAUAUCUGGGUGAGGAGCACCCCCAGAGAAUCGUGGCUCUAAAUGACAUUGGCUCUGUUCACAUUUUAAAGGAAGAUUAUGACAAAGCAGAGAAAGUGUUGAAAAAAGCUUUGGCUAUUGGACAUGCUUGUAAAGAUGAGACAUUGCCUGUCUUAUACUCCAAUCUGGGGGCUUUGUACCUCAGACAGGCGAAAGUGGACAAAGCUUUAGAAAUGUGCAAAACUGGAGAAAAAAUUGGAACUGAGAUGGGGCAUUCUGAAGCUGUCAAAAGAGCCAAGUUUUGUAUUGAAAAAUGUGAAGAGGAAGAAUAGUGUUUGCUUUUCUAUAUUUGUGAAUUUAGAAAAAAAUAAAAUUAAAGCUUUUUUAAUCGUCCUUCUGAAUAACUUAAUUUACAUGUACUAUCUGUCAUAGUAGUGUUCAUUAGAUACACUGUUGUAAUAAGUUAACAAAUAGUCAGAUAUUGAUUAAAAAGUUAAUUAAAAAUGCAGCAGAAAUCCUUAAGGGUCUCAGCUCAAUUUAAUUUAGUUGGGGUUUUUUCAUUGCUUUUACAUAUAUUAAGAAUAUUUUACUCAAAUCAAGGUGUUCAGAAUCGCCAGGUCUUGAAACUACCAUAUUCUUUGGUUGAGGGAUCUAUAUUGUGCUAGCGAUUACUGCAUCACAGUCCUUACAUUCUUUAAGACCCACAACUUUAAACGUUAAUGCAAAGCUUCUGAUGAAGGAGCAGUUGUUAUUGAUAUAAGUACUGCAGACAAGCACUGUAUGCCACAAGCUUCUACAGUUGAAAUAGAUGAGAAACUCAAUAUCCUGGCACCAGAUAUAUUUCAAAGUAAUGACAUCUUAAACAAUACAAUUAAAGCAUCCAAAUUUCUAUUUCCAUUCAAAAAAUAUUAUUCAAGUACUUCCUCUCCUUCAGGACCCAUAAACUACAAAAUUAUCACACAUUCAUUCAACCCAUUGUAAUUCAAUGUACACUUUUUCUCACAAAUUCACACAAGAAUGACAUGGAAUGAAUAAAUAAGGACAUUAAUGUAUCUAGUUCUGAAGUCUUGCACAGCAUUAGCAUGGUUCUAUUACAACAAUGCUUAUUCCACCCAUUUUGUUUAUUGAUCAAUUACUUAAUAAAACACUAAUGCAUUCAACAAAAAAGAUGAAAUUAAAGAGCAAACCAAUGCUAUUUUAUACUUGUAUAUACCAUAUAUUUAAUCUAUUAUGUGUUCUCAACUUCUCAACACUUUGGGGCAGGUUCUCAAAUCUGUGCAAACUGAUAAUUCUUUAAUUUUAUGUUAAUUUUCAUGUGUACAAUUAAAGAAAAACAGUAGAAUUUUUAUACAUGACUAGAUAUCCACAAACAUCAAUCGCAAAUCUCUCAUGCAACCACACUUAACAAUACUCAUACCCAGUCUUUCCCAACAACAUAUUAAAUGAUACAAUAAGAAAAUCUAUUUCACAACAAGAAAAACG